GGUGCAGAGCGCCGAGGUCACGGUGUCCUUCCCCACGUGUGCGCCAGUCUCAGUCAGUCGCAGUCGCAGUCCCGAGCUCGUCCGUCAUGCUGAAGUCCGUAAGCCGCGUGGUUCAGUUCGCCGCCCGUCUGUCCGGCUCCGCGCCGCCCGCCCCGGCCGUUAGACCCGCGCUGCGCCUCAGCAGAGCCUUCACGAGAUCCGUCUGGAGCCUGAGCCGCAGCGGAGCGGCGCCGGGGUCCAGGCCGAAGCUGCUCGCCGCGACGCGGGCUCUGCCCACGGUGUCGUGCGGCUGCGGGAGUCUGCACACCGAGGGCGAUAAAGCGUUUGCAGAGUUUCUCACGGACGAAAUCAAAGAAGAAAAGAAGAUCCAGAAGAACAAGAGUCUUCCUAAAAUGUCUGGAGGCUGGGAGCUGGAGCUCAACGGCACAGAGGCCAAACUCAGCCGCUCGCUGUCCGGAGAAAAAGUCACCAUCACAUUCAACGUGAACAACAGCAUCCCGCCGCAGCUGGAGGAAGAUCCUGAACACGCACAGAAGGGUCAGGAGGACGAGCCUGAAAUCGUGUCCUCGCCUAACUUCGUGGUUGAAGUGACCAAACCAGACGCCAAGAACUCCUUAGUGUUUGACUGUCAUUUCCCCGAGGAUGAGCUCUUUGUCUCCGAGCAGACUGGUCACGGUGACGGCGAGGAGGAGAGCGACAUCUUUGCCAUCCGAGAGGUCAGCUUCCAGCUGACGGGAGACACCGAGUGGAAGGAGACCAGUUACACGCUCAACACCGACUCUCUGGACUGGGCCCUGUAUGACCAUCUGAUGGACUUCCUCGCUGACCGUGGCGUGGACAACACGUUUGCGGAUGAGCUGAUGGAGAUGAGCACGGCCCUGGAGCAUCAGGAGUACAUCAAGUUCCUGGAAGACCUCAGCACUUUUGUCAAAUGCAAAUAAUGUCUAGAUUUAAUCGCAGACUUCGAUUGGUCUGACGCGAAGGCAGAAGAGUUUUGUAUUUAAUUUUAUAUCAUGUUUUCACGUUAUGUGCGCACCGGUUACGUUUCAGACGCCGUCGCUGGGGUUCAGAGGAAUUGAGAACGUGGACUGAACGUUAAGAGAAAUAAAGGGCUGAUUGUCUUGAUUGAUGCCGAAAGCAAAAAAAAAUUGUCCGUUUUUGCAUUUAAUUUCUAAUUAACAAACAGUUGCAUUUUUCAUUUAAUUUCAAAGUGGUUUGGAAGCCGUUUUUCUUUGUGUGCGUGACACUUCACUACAGACCGAUCCAAAAGUGCAAACGUUUACAUUUUACACACAAACAGGCUUGUUUUUUUUUUUUUUUGCAUUGUAUAAUACAUUUGUCCAACAUUCUUGUAAAGUAAAAUUAUAUUAAUCUGA